UCAGAAUUCAAAUCUGUACUGGCAAAAUCGAAGUCACUGGAUAUCCCUCCCACCCUUGACAGCAGACAUGUAGCCAUUAAGUUGCGGGGCUCAUGCUCAGCAGUCGAAAUGGAGAAGGGAAAGGCCCUCUUAAAGAAACUGAUGGAAAAGGCCACACCUCCAUGUCUACGAAAGGACGACAUGAGUGCACCAGUACAUCCUAAAACUAGGGCCGGCUUUCAACAGCAAGUGUCGAUCCACUUGCAACCUGAGAUACUUCCCCUGGACCCGGUAGCAGAUGCAGAGUCCUUAAGAACAUGGAAUAAAUGCCUUCUUCCUGCAUUACCGGGAAUCUUUAAGGGCGUGUCGGUCGGAGGCAGUUACUCUGCUCCCUCGUUCUCCAGAGUGGAGAUCGCGGCGGCUGCCCGAUCAUUCGAUUCCACAGUUCGGACAAUCAGGACGACGUUUCACGGCAAAUCAUCCGACAAAACCUAAAGGAAAUAUGUGAACAGAGCCAUAUACCAGCGC